AUGACAGGUGGACUCGGAGAUUCAAUCCGUAAGGGCGUCGGUAUGAUCCACGGCACUGGCGAAGCCAUCCGCGGAAACAUCAACGCCGCCGUCGACCAAGCAGCUGGCGACAAGGCCUCCGCAACUAAAAACCAAGAGAUCGCCCAGAAAGGCGUCGAUGAAUGGGACCGCGGAUAUCGUGGCCACGCCCUGGGAACACAGCCCGCGCACGGCGUAGGCCACAACGCUCCCUCCGGCGCAGCAGCCGAGUACCAAAACACCACAUCUUCAUCAUCGAACUACGGCCCGCACUCCACCAACGCGGGCAAUAAGCUCGAUCCCCGCUUCGAUUCAGAUAUGGACCACCGCGGCACGGCGACUAGUUCAACGAAUGUUGGCCCGCACUCGACUAAUGUUGGCAACAAGGUGGAUCCGAGAUUUGAUAGUGAUAUGGACCAUCGCGCCAACCCUGGUAGUGUGGCUGGACCGGGAAAUGCUGGACACCAUACCAGCAACUUUGCGAAUAAGCUAGAUCCGAGGGUAGAUAGUGAUAUGAAUCAUCGCGCGAAUCCCGCGAGCAGUGUGGGGAUUCAGGGCGCCGGGGCUGGGGGUGUGGGGGGCGUUGGAAGUACGAAUGCGGGACCGCAUGCGAGUAACGUGGGGAAUAAGCUUGAUCCGAGGGUCGAUUCGGAUUUGGAUGGGAGGUAG